CUAUUUCUGUCUUCAUAUUCCACCUGUCAAUCAGACUAGAGUCUUAACUAACUUAUGCCCAUGAGAAACCCUGUGCGAAGCAAAUUGAAUGAAGAAAUCUGAUCAGCUUAUGCUAGCCCAGCCCCCCUAGUACCCUAGUACACUCGUGGAUAGUUGAAGUGUGACCAGAUAUGCGAUUACCCGAGUGUCACACGAUAAUGAAGAUAAUGAAUUGCCCGUCACGAAGCGCACAUAGACAGACAACACACAUGCUGGCUGGCUGGCAGCUUUCAUUCUGGCCAAACAAAUGAAUAAAAUUCAAGGCGUCGUCGCCUUGGCCAUGUUCUCUUCCAACAAGGACACGGACUCCCGCACAGGGACACUUGUUGCUGCCGCCCUGCCUUGCCCUGCCCUGCCACUGGCUGUUGCAAAUCCCAGGCAACAUCAUAAUGAGCUUCAGGCUGGGCAUAACUUCCGCCUGCCGGCGUUUGUUUUUAUUUUCGCCACAGCUCCUUCCACCACUCGUACGCAUCGUUUGCUCGUUUAAAUUCUUCGUAGGACAUCGUUAUCCAUUUGUGAGCCAGUUCGCAUUGACACUUUCACCCGGACGGUUGUGAACGCUCCCUGCUGUUGGCUGUUCUGUGUUUCCCCCUGAUAGUCAUGUCCACUGCGCUGCGUCGGGUGCGCAAGUACUUUAUCUCAUCGCAGGUCUAUGAGGCACUACGUCCAUUGUUCUUCCUCACAUUUCUGUACGGACUGACGCCGUUCCAUGUGGUCCGUCGGAAGAUGGGGGAAUCCUAUCUGAAGAUGUCCUGCUUUGGCGUAUUCAAUAUCUUCAUCUACAUAUGCUUGUGCGGCUUCUGUUACAUCUCAUCGUUGCGGCAGGGCGAGUCCAUUGUGGGCUACUUCUUUCGCACGGAAAUCUCUACCAUCGGCGAUCGUUUGCAGAUCUUCAAUGGCCUGAUUGCCGGAGCUGUGAUCUACACUUCGGCCAUCCUGAAACGUUGCAAGCUGCUGGGAACCCUGACGAUCCUUCACAGUCUCGAUACGAACUUCUCCAAUAUUGGGGUGCGCGUAAAGUAUUCCCGUAUCUUCCGAUAUUCGAUACUGGUGCUGGUCUUCAAGCUCCUCAUUUUGGGUGUGUAUUUUGUGGGCGUGUUCCGGCUGCUCGUCUCCCUCGAUGUGACGCCCUCGUUCUGUGUCUGCAUGACAUUCUUCCUGCAACAUUCGGUUGUUUCAAUCGCGAUUUGCUUGUUCUGCGUGAUUGCCUUCAGCUUCGAGCGACGUCUCAGUAUCAUCAAUCAGGUCCUGAAGAACCUCUCCCAUCAGUGGGACUCUCACAGCUUGAAGGGAGUGGUCCAGAAGCAACGUUCCCUCCAAUGUCUCGACUCCUUUUCCAUGUACACAAUUGUGACCAAGGAUCCGGCAGAGAUUAUACAGGAAUCCAUGGAGAUACAUCACCUGAUUUGCGAGGCUGCCGCCACGGCCAACAAAUACUUCACCUACCAACUGCUUACGAUCAUAUCCAUUGCCUUUCUGAUCAUUGUUUUCGAUGCGUACUAUGUUCUGGAGACAUUGCUGGGCAAAUCGAAGCGCGAAAGCAAAUUCAAAACCGUGGAAUUCGUCACCUUUUUCUCGUGUCAAAUGAUUCUGUACUUGAUUGCCAUCAUUUCGAUUGUGGAGGGCAGCAAUCGGGCCAUCAAGAAGAGCGAAAAAACUGGAGGCAUAGUCCACUCUCUGAUGAACAAAACCAAAAGCCCGGAGGUCAAGGAAAAGCUACAACAAUUUUCCAUGCAAUUACUGCACUUGAAAAUCAAUUUUACAGCCGCGGGUCUCUUUAACAUCGAUAGAACUUUGUAUUUUACGAUCAGUGGUGCGUUGACCACGUAUCUCAUCAUCUUGCUGCAGUUCACAUCCAAUUCCCCCCACAAUAGCAAUGGGAAUUAUUAUUCCUGUUGUGAGACCUUCAAUAAUAUAACGAAUCAUACAAAUUAGAUGUAAAUGUAUGUAGUUACGAAUAUACAUACUACCAAUUAUGGGUGUGGAGUGAGUGCGAUGGAGCCGGGGUGAAAUGAUAUAGAAUACGAGUACGUCCAGACGUUUGUGCAACUACCAUGUACCAGAAUAUGUAUUUUUUGUAUGUAUAUGUUUGUUCUUGUUGCUUUCAAAGUGUUGUCUAUACUCCAAUUAAAUAUUGGCAA